AUGUCAGCCACGGCGACAUACACGAUGGCAGAGCUGAGGGCUGAGACUCAACACGGUAGCCUCUGGUCCAACUAUGGAAAUCCCGUUCAGAUGACGGGCAGAUUCAAUCCUCAAGAUCCAUCCGUACCGCCACCAGCACCAUCGCAUCUCGUGCGUCCUAGAAGUCGCCAGCACACCAUGGACUACCCGCAAUAUCACCACCCCCGGCCCGGCCAGGAAGAGGGCGACGGAUACGACCGGUACCCGCACCCAUCUCUGAUGAACAUCCCCAGCAUCAACAGCCUCAAAAGGCCAUACUCCCAGGUUGACCAGGCGCCCUAUACCGAGAUGGUCCAGGACCUGCGGGAGGACUACAAGCCCUCCAACCACGACCAGAAACUUUUGUCGUUCAAGAAAGUGGGGGACAAGCACACCAUCGUCGACGCCAAGGGACGGAUGCACGAAAUGGAGAUUGACGCCCAGCUUCACGGCAUGUUCUUCCUGUCCGAGUUUCCCUCGGCUGCGGGUGACGGCAACGUGUUGAACGCCGAGUUGACGUGCUAUCGGCGCAACUUGUUCCAGAUCAGCGGCAGCCUUUGCUUCCCACAGGUCCCAUUGUCGGUGCUUUUGGAGUCUGGCGAGACCAGCCAGAUCAAGAAUAUGGAAGUCAGCAUUUCCGCCAUCGAGUCUGUCGAUGGACACCCAGUCCGGUUGAUCGUGAUCCCAUGGAAGACACCGCCACCAAACUCGCCUGAGGUAAACCAGGCCCCAGACCAGGAGCCGCCCAAUCUUCCCUUGAUUCCAUGGGCGGAGGACGAGGAUGACACAAGUGGCGAACACUACGCUAUCUACCCGAUCGGAUGGCGCCGUCUCCAGUUCAGAAUAGCCACGGCGAACAACGGCCGACGGAAGGAGCUGCAACAGCAUUUCGUGUUGCACCUCAAGCUUCACGGAACUUUGGCAAACGGGCAAAAGCUCGUCCUCUCGGAGCUGACAACGGCACCCAUUGUGGUGAGAGGCAGAAGUCCGCGCAACUUCCAGGCCAGAAAGGAGAUUCCUUUGUUGGGAUCUAGUGCCGGCUCGCGGGGCCAGACUCUUGUUGAGACUGGCCAGGGAAUCGUCGCCCAGGCGGUUGUUCUCAACAAGCCGCCACACGAUGCCAGACCUCGCAUCUCGAGCUUGGACGGACACGUCCCCAGGGGAGCCUUUACCUUCACUGCUCCGAAGCAAAUGCCGCAGAGCCCGAUGCAGAUGCGGUCAAACUCUUAUCCCACCACAUGGAAUCCUUCGAGCCAGGUGUCGAUGCCACACAACCCAGGUUCAGCGACAUACCCUACCGCGACAAUGCCAUCCGAGCCCUACCCGAAGCUGCCGCUUUCUGGCGCGCCUAGCUACACAGCUGAGCCUCAGGAGAUACCCAUCCAGCAGACAUCGAUGCCAUCCGUUCAGCUCUCCCUUGUCUCGCAAGAUCAACAGCCACCACCGAUCCGAACUCAGUUCGCUACCUACGUGCAAGCAACCUCCGCGCCACCACACUUGUCCCUGUCGACGACCGCCGAUAACUCGCUCAACGUGCCCCGAUAUGUCGACAGCAACCCCCGGCCAUCAAAGUCGCCGCGUCAUGCGAGCCACCAGUCGGUAGCCUCUUCCAUUUCAAACGACACAGCCCCAGGAGAGUACCGUUACGGCCCCCCUCAAUCAGCCUACGCGGCGAACGACAUGAGCCCACAGUCACAGCACCCAUCAAGUGCUCAGGGUGGACCUUCUCAAUACGGAGCGCCAUCGCAAGAGAACAACACUUCAGCGCCUUCGUCGGCCACAGCUCCCAACGCACCGCCGCCCAGAGACUAUUUCCCCUCUUCGCAGAGCUGGACCACCACGGCGGGCGAACCUUCAGCAUCAAGCGUCUCAUACAACAAUGGUAGUUCCGACAGGCCCUACGCGUUUCCGAGCGUGAAGCCCGAGUCGCAUCAGCACGGCCACCAGCAACAGCAACACCCUCACCCCCCUCCACCCCCAGGCUCUCAUUCCUCCGGGGCCCCCGGAGGCGUUUACGGCGGGGUUGGGCAUUAUGCCUGGAAUGCCACUUGA